AUGGCUCCUGCAUCAGCAUUGGAUCUCUUCGGACUCAUGCAAAGUGGAGCCUCUCGUCUUCAGCACACGGUGAACCAGCACCUCAAUCUACUGUCGACCUCAAAUUCUAGUUCUGGAACGACAAUAGAACACGUCACCACCUCGCCGUCCUGCAGUUUCCGCUCGACGUUCAGCCACCUCCAAGUGCUUUCGAUCGACGGAGUAGCUCUCCUGAUGGUCUCGUACUUGGAUGGUGAGUCACUCGCACGUGUCCAAGGCGUCAACAAAGCAUGGCGAGCGUUUAUUCAACAAUACAGGGAACCGCUUUAUCGAGUUUUGGUCCAAGAGAGACGCGUGUUCCAUACUGUCAUCACGUCCACGUCGGGGUUCAAGUCGUAUCUCUUCUCGAUGAGACACGCACUAGACCGAGAGCUAGCGCACACCCACAGUGUACAUCCAAUGCACCAAGCAUUGGAACAAUACUGCGCGUCAACGGUACAACACGGUUUUGUGGCAAUGUUUUGUGACAUCAUCGAGUUUCACGACCCAAGAAUUGCUCGGUUCGUGGCGUGGAAAAGACAGAGUGCACUUAGUAUGGUGCUGGCUGCAACCCCGACACAUGUCAUGAACUUCCGAAAGCGAUCUAGCUACGUGGGUCCCAUUACCUUCGUGCCAGUGGAUAACCCUCUAUGGCCAGUAUUCACCUUGUCGCCUGUCGAUGCAGCAGGAUUCAUGGGUUACGCCUUCGACCACGUCACAAUGGUUCCGGGUUACGAAGCUCUCAAGAAUACAGUAGUCAAGUCUAUUCUCAAAGAACUUAUGAUCUUCGACACACCGGACAAUGCAGCAGCCUAUGGGCGCAGUAUUGGUCGAGCACCCUAUGCAGCCAUUUUAGAGGAUGAAGACGCUCAAGUGCAAGUAGGACAGGCAGAACGAACCAGUCAUCUCACAUUCUCGUCACCUUUACGUCGACAACUGAGCAGAUAUUCUGUGGCAGAAAGAAUUCGCCGUCUUCGAGCCAAGAUCAAAGCUGUAGACGACUGUAUCGCAUCAACUCCGACCACUUUCGUACAAUAG